AUGGCAGUUGCCAACAUCUCUCAGAUAACUGAAUUCUACCUGCUAGGAUUUCCAGGACUUCAUUCAAUGUAUUAUGGAGCUGUGGGGACCUUUUUACUCUUUGUCUAUGUAAUACUGGCAAGCGGAAACAUUUCAAUCAUUUCAUUUAUUGUUUAUGAGAAAAGCCUUCAUAAACCCACCUACUUGAUCUUUUGUAAUCUUGCAAUGUGUGAUCUCUUGUUUGGAACCAUAACAUUGCCCAGAGCAGCUGCAAAGUAUCUUGCUAAAGACGAUUACGUACCAUUCAAUUUAUGUUUAGUGCAAAUGUUUUUUGCUCAUUAUUUUGGGACAGUUAAUUCUUUUAUUUUGCUAUUAAUGGCCCUGGAUCGGUUUGUUGCAAUAUGCUACCCACUUCGAUAUCCUGCUGUUAUCACAAACCAGCAUAUUGCAUAUGCGUGCACAGUGUGUUGGCUGUUUAUUUUAGGAUUUUUACCAUUGCUUACUUAUCAAACUGAAAAACUUCCCUUUUGCACUACAAACAUAAUAAAUCAAUGUUUCUGUGAUUUCAAUUCAUUAGCUAGAAUUGGCUGCGGAGAUAAGACUGAGCUAAGGAGAAAUGCUCUAGCUGUAUCCUUGUUUGUUCUUUUAGGGCCUCUAAUAUUCAUCAUAUUUUCCUACAUUGCCAUCAUCAGAUCUGUUUUCAAACUCUCAAGUGUUCAGGCCCGAUUUAAAACAUUUUCGACAUGCACCCCUCAACUUUCAAUCAUAUGCCUUUACUUUUUGCCUAGAUGUACUGUGUAUAUAUGUGACGUAACCACCGAAAUGACUACAGGUGUUCGGAUUAUGCUUGUUAUGUGGUACAGUAUUCUUCCACCUGUUGUUAACCCCAUGAUUUACUGUUUGAGAACUCAGGAAAUCAAGGCCGUCUUCAUGAAGAGAAUUAGAGGGAAAAAAGUCAACCUUGAGCUGAAAGCAUUUUCAUGUUGAGACAAAGAUAUAAGUUUAAUUAACCUGAAUACCUAACAUGUUGUAUAUAAUGCUUAUUAUGAUCAAAUGUUGCAGAGUAAGGACAUA